AUGUCUUCGUCGUCUAAGCCCACCGUUAUCAUUGUUGGCGCCGGCCUUGGCGGCCUGACUCUCGCACAAUCCCUUCGAACCGCUGGAAUUCCCUACCGGCUCUUUGAACGCGACUCUUCUGAAGCUUCACGGCAACAGGGGUGGUCUCUUCUCCUGCACGAAUGCCUGCCAGCUCUUCGCAAGAUCGCCCCACCCUCUGCGCCGCCCAUCGAGUGCAUCAGCGUGACCUACCAAACUCCGUACGAAGACCACUUCCACAUGUUCAACGGCCAUACGAAGGAAGUGUACCUCUCCUUCGAAGGGCCCGUGUUCGCCGAUGCUGCCAACAAGCGUGACGCGUACUCGAUCAGUGCUUCGCGUUCCAAGUUCCGCGCGUGGCUCACGCACAACCUCGAGGUAAACUGGGACCAUGCAUUCAAGGGGUACGAGGUCCUCCCCAGUGGGAGGGUGAAGGCGUACUUCGAGAAUGGCGUCGAAGUAGAGGGUGAUAUCCUCGUUGGCGCUGAUGGGUCGCAGUCCAAGGUUCGCUCCCAAUUGUUCGCUGGAAACCCUGCCGGCAACGCGCUCAACCGCCUCCCACACGCCUGCGUCGCUGGCCUUGUCCACCUCCCCCGCGACAAGUACCUCCCACACAUGAAGUACGGACCCUCGCUCUACACCACUGACGGCGUCGGCUUGCGCGUAUUCAUCGGGCUGCGGACCUUCUCCCCCGACAUGUCCACAGCCACGCUUGUCUGGCUCUUGUUCUGGGUGGAAAAGCAAGACAAAAAAGAGCCACCCGCGAAAGGCGAGACGGAGAAGCCAACGCUGACGACGCUGCAUAUGGCGACUCCCGCCGAGCUGCUCGCGUAUGCGAAGCAGGCCACGGCGGACUUGCAUGCGGACUUUAGGGAGAUCUUUGAGGAGACGAAGGUCGAGGAUAUGCUGGGGUCGUUGGUCUUGUACGACCGCGAGCCGAUGCACUGCCCUGCCGGCCCGAUCACAAUCAUUGGCGAUGCGAUGCACGUUAUGAGUCCUUUCCGUGGAGAAGGAGGCAAUGCUGCCCUCACUGACGCCUUUGAGCUCUCGGAGGCGAUCGUCAACCUCUCUUCCUCCACAAUUACCCCCGAAGCGAUCAACACUACCCUGCGCACAUACGAGGAGAAGAUGAUCCCGCGCGGGACGGACAUGGUGGUCAGCUCGCGCAACGCUGGUAAGGAGUUCGGGACGCGCGGGGUGACGGAGAAGCUGUUCAAUCGGGCUGAGUUGGGUGAGCUCGUCCAGAAGCACUAA